AUGGAAUUCCAAAAAGGUUAUCUUGAUGUGAUAUUGAUACCAUUAUCGUUUAUGAUAUCUAUAAGCUAUUACCUUUGGUUAUGGCAUAAGGUUCGAACUCAGCCACUCUCCACUGUUAUUGGUGUCAAUGCCCAUGGACGUCGGUUAUGGGUAUCCAAUAUUAUGAAGGAAAAUGAAAAGAAAAACAUCUUAGCCAUUCAGACGUUAAGAAACACAAUCAUGGAAUCAACCCUAAUGGCCACCACAUCGAUACUUUUAUGCUCUGGUUUAGCAGCGGUUAUCGGCAGUACUUACAGUAUUAAGAAGCCACUAAAUGACACUCUUUAUGGGGCGAGUGGAGAGUUCAUGGUGACCCUAAAGUAUGGAACGCUCCUUGUUUUCUUUCUCUUCUCUUUCUUGUGUCAUUCUCUCUCGAUUAGAUGCAUAAGCCAAGUGAAUUUUUUUAUAAACUGUCCACAAGAUUCAACGAUUGUGACUUCCACGUAUGUGUCAGAGCUUUUAGAUAAGAGUUUCGUACUUAAUGUAGUCGGAAACCGCCUCUUCUAUUCAGCGCUUCCAUUUGUGCUUUGGAUCUUUGGGCCGGUGCUUGUGUUAUUAUGUUCUGUUACCGUGGCGACUAUGCUUUAUAAUCUUGAUUUCGUGUUUGGAGACUUGGAGAAGGGUCAAACAGUGGAGAUCACAAAUGAGGUGUAA